AUGAAGACUCUAUGGAGGUUUACUGUUUCAUUAUUGUUUAUGUGCUUUUUAAUAUCAACGGUCAACACAUCAGAGACCGAAGAAGAUGAUUCAGAUGAAUUCUCUUCACUCGAAACACAAAGUGAUGAAGAAAUUAAUUCCAAGAUAAAUAACGAAGAAACAUCACAUGAAAUAACAAAAGAUUAUGAAAAAAGCUUAUACGAUGAAUACGAGAGACGUAGAAAAUUACAAACAAUCCAUGAUAAUUUAGCAACAAAAUUACAAAAAGCACUCGUUGAAAAGCUAAAAAGUCCUGAAUUCAGCCAACGAAUUAAUCUAACAGCUGUUGAAAAUUAUCUACAACAUGAUUUAGAUGUACCAAGUGGAAGAAGAAGUUUUAACAAAGAUAAACUAGAAGUGGCUCUUGAUGAUAAUCCUAAUGAAGAUGGUAGACGUAAUUACGUCAAAAAAGUAACGUACGUUAUCGAUCAAAAGCCAAGUCACGCUCAUAUAAUCAAUAUAAAUGAUGGAAACAUACAAUCUUUAAACCAAGCCGUUUCUAGCUCAAGAACAACUAUUGUUACGAACAAUAAUAACGUAAAAAUCCCAUACCAUUAUUUAAAUAAUGAUCCUCAAAUGACUAAAACAUCUUUGCCAAAUUACUACGUGUACGGACAACCUUAUUUGGAUUUUACAAAUCCUAUACAAAUGUAUUACAAUUAUUAUCCAGGAAACAGAUUGGUUAAGUUUAAUAAUAAUUUCUUUGAUUAUUCCAAUCAUGUGAGAGCACAGAACCGUUUGAAUGAUUAUAAAAAAGUCACAGCGUAUUUAACAAGUUUAAUGGACGCUGAUAAUUACGUUAAUCCAAAUGUUGUUCAAAUUCUAAAAGGUGCUGAUGAAUUGAACUUAUCUGAAAUUAACAAUUUCGAUAGAAGACAAUUAGUACAGAUUAAAAAAAGUGAUUUGGAUUAUUUAAAGAAAUAUAUAACAAUUAUAUUAAACCAAUACGGAAUGACUCCGUAUAUUUUUAAACUUUUGGAAUAUGUGAAUCUACUUGACGGAAGAUCUAGGAAUGAAAUAUAUUUAGUUUUCAAGAUAUUAAGUAAUCAACAAGCUGUUUAUGGUUUAAAUAGAAUUGAAUCUGAUCAAUUGAAAUCUCAUUUACAAUACAUUAUAAACGAAUAUGAUUCAAAAACAAAAUGGCGAUCAUUCUUACCUUAA